GAUUGCAGAAGCUGCCCUGGCCUGGCUCACCUAAUAUGGAGGGGGAAGCCGGGGAUGCCCCCUGUGGACACUUUGAGGCCAAUGUGCUUGCCCAGAACAGCUGUCAAAAUUGCUUCCAUCCUGAGGAGGCCCACAGAGCAAGACACCAGGAGCCCGGGAGCCCUCCAAGUGCGGAGGCACCCUACUGCGACCUGCCCCGCCGCCCGCCUGCCUCUGAGGACCCGCACAGUGCUUCGACCUCUGGGUGCCAGUCUGUGGUGGGCCUGGGCCUUGGGCCAGGGUCUGAGAGGGGCCCAUCAGCAGGGCUCCCUGCAGGGGGCCCCGUGGUCACCCCCAGGAGCGGGAGCCAGGAUCCCGAGGCAGUGCCCUAUCUGGAGGGCCUGGCCUCCUCCCCGCGUGGCAGCUUCGACGAAGAUCGUGACUCUGGCACCAGCUCCAGCCCUGACUCCAGCACCCCUGAUGAUACCAGCAACUCGUCCUCUGUGGACUGGGACAUCUUCAAAAGGCAGGAGGAGGCCCCCAGCUGGGACGAGUUCGCUGUGAUGAUCCCUCGGAAGUUGCAGGAGGGGUCAAGAGCUGACAGUGCCCAAAGGGCUCCGCCUGUCCUCACCCGGUCACCGGUGGGAGGAGACACUGCAAGCCAGAGAAAGGAGGAUACUGGUGGUGGGAGCCGAAGCGCCGGACAGCACUGGGCAAAGCUCCGGGGAGAAAGUGGGCACUUCUUGGAGCGGCACCGGUCAGCGCUAUCCCAGGCUUCCUCUGCGACACCCCAGAGUGGACCUCGAAGUACCACCCCCCGGGCUUCCUCCAUCCAUCGCUCUGCCCAAAGGGAUGUUGUCCAGACUGCUUCCGUACAACAUGAUACCCCUCACGCUUCCUCUCCCUCCCAGACAGCCCAACAGGACAAUCCCAGAACCUCAUCCACCCCACAGGACACCCCCAGGACCUCUUCCACACAGCGGAACGCCCCCAGAGCAUCCUCUCCUUCAAGAACUGCCCAGCGGGAUAACCCUAGAACCUCGUCCACCCAACGAAGCAGUCGAGUUUCCUCUUCCCCCAGAGCCACCCAACAGGACAACUCCAGAACCUCUCCUGCACAACAGGACAACCCUCAGACUUCUUUUCCUACAUGUACUCCUCAACAGGAAAACUCUAGAAUGUCCGGUACCCAAAGGGACAACCCCAGAGCCUCCUCUCCCAACCGAACCAUCCAGCGGGAAAAUUCUAGAACAUCCUGUACCCAGCAGGACAACCCCAGAGCCUCCUCUCCCAACCGAACCAUCCAGCGGGAAAAUUCUAGAACGUCCUGUACCCAACGGGACAACCCCAGAGGCUCCUCUCCCAACCGAACCACCCAGCGGGAAAACUCUAGAACGUCCUGUACCCAACGGGACAACCCCAGAGGCUCCUCUCCCAACCGAACCACCCAGAGGGAAAACUCUAGAACGUCCUGUACCCAACGGGACAACCCCAGAGGCUCCUCUCCCAACCGAACCACCCAGAGGGAAAGCUCCAGGACGUCCGGUACCCAACGGGACAACCCCAGAGGAUCCUCUCCCAACCGAACCAUCCAGAGGGAAAACUCCAGAACGUCCUGUACCCAACGGGACAACCCCAGAGGUUCCUCUCCCAACCGAACCAUCCAGAGGGAAAACUCCAGGACGUCCGGUACCCAACGGGACAACCCCAGAGGAUCCUCUCCCAACCGAACCACCCAGAGGGAAAGCUCCAGGACGUCCGGUACCCAACGGGACAACCCCAGAGGAUCCUCUCCCAACCGAACCAUCCAGAGGGAAAACUCCAGGACGUCUGGUACCCAACGGGACAACCCCAGAGGAUCCUCUCCCAACCGAACCACCCAGAGGGAAAGCUCCAGGACGUCCGGUACCCAACGGGACAACCCCAGAGGAUCCUCUCCCAACCGAACCAUCCAGAGGGAAAACUCCAGAGCUUCUUGUGUUCAGCAGAACACCCCCAGAACCUCUUCUACCCAGCGGGACAACCCACAACCCUCUUCCUUUCAGCGGGACAACCCCGCAGGCUCCUCCUCUCAGUGUUGCACCCAACAGAACAAUCCUGGACCAUCACCUUCUCAUCGCUCCAGUCAGCGGAACAACCCCAGGAAUUCUUCCCCACAUCGUACUAACAAAGACAUUCCCUGGGCCUCCUUUCCCCUCCGGCCGACCCAGACGGACGGCCCACGAACCUCUUCCCCAUCUCGCUCCAAGCAAAGUGAGGUUCCCUGGGCAUCCAUUGCCCUUCGGCCAACCCAAGGUGACAGGCCUCAGACCUCAUCUUCCUCUAGAUCAGCUCAGCGCGCCCCCCGCCAGGCCCCCUCCGGCCCUGCCCAGCACAAUCCACCAUCCCGGGCCAGUUCCUCCUCCCACAACCCAGGCCACCGCAGUGCCCCCCGGACUUCCUCGCCUCUGUGCCUCACUACCCGUGGGGCAUCCCAGACGUCUUUUGAGUCCUCCCAGCCUCUGUGUGCUGUGUGCAUUGGACACCGGGAUGCCCCCCGAGCCUCUUCGCCUCCUCGCUUUUUGCAGCACGACCCGUUCCCCUUCUUCCCAGACCCGCAUGCCUCUGAGAGUGAAUCAACCCGUCACGAGCCCCCUUAUAUACCCCCAGCAGUGUGCAUUGGACACCGCGAUGCCCCCCGGGCCUCCUCACCCCCUCGCCACACCCAGUUCGACCCCUUCCCCUUCCUUCCUGACACAUCAGAUGCUGACAACCAGUCCCCCCAGCAUGACCCUCCUCAGUUCCCCCCACCUGUGUGUAUUGGGUACCGAGAUGCACCCCGGGCCUCCUCCCCACCGCGCCAGGCCCCGGAGCCCUCCCUCCUGUUCCAGGAUUUCCCCAGGGCCAGCACCGAGAGCCUUGUCCCCUCCACAGACUCUCUGCACGAGCCCCCCCACAUCCCCACCCCUGUGUGCAUUGGACACCGAGAUGCACCCUCCUUCUCGUCCCCACCACGCCAGGCCCCCGAGCCCUCCCUCUUCUUUCAGGACCCCCCCGGCACUAGUAUGGAGAGCCUGGCCCCCUCCACCGACUCUCUGCAUGGCUCCCCCAUGCUGCCCCCCCAAGUUUGCAUCGGGCACCGGGAUGCACCGCGAGCCUCCUCCCCACCCCGCCACCCGCCCAGUGACCUAGCGCUCCUGGCACCCUCACCUCCGCCAGGCAGCUCAGGGGGCUCCCGGGGCUCAGUGCCCCCUGGGGAGACGAGGCACAACUUGGAGAGGGAGGAGUACACCAUGCUGGCCGACCUGCCCCCGCCCAGGAGGCUGGCACAGAGGGAGCCAGGGCCCCAGGGCAGCAACGGGGGCCGAACCCGCAGCCCUGGCCGCGCAGAGGUGGAGCGCCUCUUCGGGCAAGAGCGCAGGAAGUCCGAGGCACCGGGGGCCUUCCAGGCCCGGGACGAGGGGCGGUCACAGCGGCCCGGCCAAGGUCAGAGCCAGCUUCUCCGAAGACAGUCCAGCUCUGCCCUCAGCAGGGAGGUAACCACACCCCACGCGAAGCAGGCAGAACCAGCCCGGAGGAGCCGAGCAGAGCCCCCUCCUCCCAGGAGCCCCCAAAGGCGACCUGAGGGGGACCGGCGGCUCCAGGGGUCCUCGCCGCCCACAAGGACAUCAGCCAGGACCUCUGAGAGGCAGCCGCGAACAGAGAAACCUCCGGAGAGUGGCCGGGCAGGCCCGAGACAGACUCUGGGUGGGUGGCAGAGUCAGGAGGAGAUGCCAGGGUCCCGGGGCCCCCACAGACACCCGGACAGAGGCUGGAGCAGCCAGGAGGAGGGCCCAGGCCUGGGGGGCUGGCAGGGACUCGGGGAGCCCAGCCGGGGGGCUGCCAGAGCUCCGGAGGGAACGUGGAGGGACCCACUCAGGGAGUCUGAGGAGAGCUGGGGGCAGCCGGGUGGCCCCCCGUGCCACAGGGCGCAGCCAGAGGCCUGGGAGGAGCCUCCCCGUGACGGGUUGCGGAAGGCCCCUGACAGGCCAGCUCAGAGGGGCUGGGGCAGCCUGCAGCAGCUGUUCAGUCCUCCUCACCAGCCUGCAAGCCUCCCAGAGAAGUCCAGGGAGGGCCCAGCAGAGCUCUCGAAUUCCUGGAGGCCUGAGCCAGCCACUGCCGUGGGCUGGGGAACUGAGGGAGCUUGCGCGCACCUGCACGGCCCAGAGAGGCGGCUGGAGCUUGACUGGAGGGACCUGGUGAGCCUUCUUGGGGUACCCAGAGAGGGGACAUGGGCCCACACAGAGGAGCCAGCGCUUGCCUCCCGUCUUCCGAGGCUGGAUUUGGAAGGCCUUCUGGAGCUCCUGCAGGCCCAGCUGCCCCGAAGGGACCCAGCUGGACACUGGGGUGGCCCAGCCACUACUUCUGGGCCAGAGCUGGGUUCCCCAGGCACAAAGGAUGCCCUUGAGCGAGAGAGACACAGCCAACCUGAAGGCGGGGCAGAGGCCACCCUAGUCAAUGGACACAGCCCUGGGCAAUGGUCCCAGAGCUUGGCCCAGCCACCCUGCCCUGCCUGCAUCUCCACCCAGUGGCCAAAGACCAAAGUGACAAGCGGAGCAGAGACCUCAACUAUGGCUGGUCUGGAGGAGCCGGGCCAGCUGGGGAGUAGGAGCCCUGCAGAGGGCCCCAGCUCACCGGAGUGGGAGUUCCAAUCAGAGGAGCCUGAAGAGUCAAGAGGAGGCCAAGACUCAUUGAAUGACCAGAAGCGGGCAGACUCGGCAGACAAGAGGCCAGCGGAGGGCAAGGCUGGGAGCCCACUCAAGGGCCGACUGGUGACCUCAUGGCGGAUGCCCGGGGACCGUCCCACGCUGUUCAAUCCGUUCCUGCUGUCCCUGGGGGUCCUCAGUUGGCGAAGG